AAAUAACAAAUGUAGAAUAAACUCGAAAUAAACCAAAAUAACACAAAAAAUUAAUUCCAAAGACAAUUAAUUAAAAAAAUCUAUAUCUUCUCUCAAGAUUUUAUAAUUCUUUGUUUACGUGUCGUCAUAGUUAUAUUAUUAUUAUUAUUAUUGUUGUUGUUAUUAUAACUAUUCCAUGCAAACUCUUAUAGAUGGCUAGCAAAUUUAUAUGAAAAUUAAUUAAAUAAUUAUAUUUUGUUAUUAAUAUAUUUAAUUAUUGCUUAUUAUUUUUAUUAUUAAUGCUACUUAUUACAACUAAUACUUUUGGAUUACUACUACUACAUUAUUGCUAUUGAAAUUUUACCAAUAGCUGCGUAACUUAAUAAAUUACAAAUUUUCAAAAUAAAAUUUAUCAAUAAAUUAUGGAAAUCCCCAAGAAUCCGGAAUACUGUUGCGAUCCUGACGAGAAGAAACUCGACGUGAUUGCCAUCUACAGACCUGGAUACGCCACGGAAUACACGGAUAAUUUUAUCUGGGGCUCCCACUUGAAACAUCAGCAAAUUAAGCAUCAAAUCAGUUGUGGUGCAAGUUGCUCGUCCUAUCCAAAACUAAGCGCACUGUACGAAGGUAAAACUUCAGUUGAUAAAAAUCGCUGCGAACAAUGCUUCCAAAAUUACUGUAGCGACGACAAUGACGACAGCGAACGCACUUGUGACAACAACAACAACACUAUAACAACCGAAUCGAUCGGACAAAACCUGGAAUUCAUCUCGGAUAAUUACGACUCUCUAUUGAGGAAUUCUCGUCUGAAGCGUGACGAAAAUGGCAACUACAUAGACCCAUUCAAGGAUCUGAUCACAACUUCAAGUGGCAGGCGACUGAUGUAUGACCCGACCCAUCCGGAUAUGAUUUUUCCGUCCCAACAUUCCUCGGAGUUGGCCGACACGCCGAAUGUCUAUUCCUUCAAGUCGCCCAUCCAACAUAUUCCUGAGAUUCCGUGGAAAAAAGAUUUGCAGUGGCAGGCUGAAAGUGUGGUCGGCAGAUGGCCUACAAAGAUGUGGAAGACGUGGGAAAACGUGGCGAGCUGUCCAGUUUACGAUGGUCACGAUGAUCAGUGCCGCUACUCAAAGUUUAAAUUAUUGAACUGGGGCCUACCCAAACGUGAGGGGGUACUGCAGGGAGUUUCAACCCCCAGCAAAAAAUUAUUUUUAAAUUUUUUUAUGUAUUUAUCGAAAGUGUCAAGAGUAGGCCGGGAUCUCUUUGGAACCAAAUCCGGACACUGCUUAUGA